AUGUUCACCAUCUUCUUCAUAUUUGUCUCCUUUAUCAAUGUUGCUUGCAAGUUCAUUAGAAUGGCGGACUAUACCGCACCACUAAAACUCUUUGCUCCAGCGCCCGAUAAUCUGAUAUCUGAGGUUGAAGUCGGGUGGGGCAUCGGCUUUGUACAACCAACAUUAUGCCUCCCAUUUCACUCUCUUCUCACCUUCACCUUGCCUUUCUCUUAUUAUCUGAUCAUACGCAAUUCACCUUCUCAUCACUGGGAUGCUAGGGAGCCGAAUACUGGGGCCAGGGCAGUCCACAAGAUACGAAAGAGUUGGCUGCGAAGCAGUAGUCAAGUACAAAAUUCGCAGGCAAAGCCGUGUAUGCCUAACAGGGUAAUCUCAUCAAUACGAAAGUUUCUAUUUUCCCCCAAUGGAGAUUGGUCUCAACCCUUUGAAGAUUUAGAAGGUAACCAGCUCUCGUCUCAAUUUUCUCUAAACACUCAUGCACCAGACAGGAUCACCCCUAAAGGCCAUUUCAGCUUCCUUGGUGGUGCGAACUCAGGGGCCAACAUGCUGGAGGAGUGGAUCACCACCUUAGAAGAACAUGGAUAUAUUACGCCCGCAAUCUUUCUCUCUGAACAGAGCCUAGGCAAAUACAACCCUCUCAGCCGCGCGCACGAAACUGAAAUAUUCCCAGUAGUGCGUAAGAACCGUAUGAAAUUAGUGACGUACAGCCCUCCCGCAGGCGGCUUUCUCACUGGCCUACGUAUAUUCUCCCCACCAUCUGGCAUCGUCGGCACACGAUUCGAGCAUACCGAGAAAAAUCUCAAGCAUGCCCAUUACAUCGCUCGUAGUACGACAAGGCCCCAGUCCAUACCGCCGUUAAGGUACUAUACCCAUGUUCAACCCUACGGUAUUGAAAUUCUCAGCAUCCCAAUUCGGACUAUAGAGAAGUUGGAGAAGUACUUGAAGGCUUAUAGCACGGGUCCUUUGCCUGAGCCUUUGAUGGAAGUAAUUGGGAAAUUGCAAAACAUUGUUGAGAAAGAUGCAAAGAUUGCGACUAAGAAAUGGCCAGUCAAAUGCCAAAUCCGCAGAAAUGCCAAGCAAGAUCAUAGCGACACAAACGGAAAGCAUGGGCUCAAAAACAUUCUCUCAACUUCUUCUCAUUCCACUGUACUAACCGCCUCCCUACCCUAUGGACAUGAAUAUUAUGGCUUCUUCCACAUGUGUUGCAAAAGGACCAAAGAACAGCGACCCCUAUCGAUUACGCUAGGGUUGACCAAUGAUAUAUCCUACACUAGAGCACCAAGUUGUUAUAGCCACCCACUAACUAUCCACAACCCGCGCCCUUUAAUAGAAAGCGUCAAUGAAUUUGGAGUUUGGAUUCUCUACUACAGAACCUUCGGGGGCAAAAUCAUUUCCUCAAGUAUUUGCCUGCAUAUGGGAGUUUCUGAUAUGCUGACAGAUAUCAUCCGCUAG